UUAUUUAAUCUAUGACCUGUCAGUUUUUCUUAAACAAGUGUCAGUGCUGUUGUAUUACUAAACGUAAUUUAUGUUUAUAAAAUGUGCGGUGGUUUUACUUGUUCAAAAAAUGCUCUUAUCGCUCUCAACGUCUUAUAUAUCGUGGUAGCGUUUGUAUUGAUAGGAGUAGCAGUAUACGGACGUGCCGCUACUUUGGUAACAAACUUACCAAUAGUCGGAGGUAUUUUAGCAUGUGGUAUAAUACUGAUGUUAAUAUCGGUCUUAGGACUGUUGGGAGCCGUAAAACACCAUCAAGUCAUGUUAUUUUUCUAUAUGGUUAUAUUAUUUCUUUUAUUUCUAAUACAAUUUUCUGUGGCUUGCGCUUGUCUUGGAGUGAAUCUGGAACAACAGACGCAAUUAGCCGAAGAAGGUUGGAAAAGGGAGAAGAAUAUAACGAGAUCUAAUGUACAGAACGUGUUUAGUUGUUGUGGAUUCGAUCAGAAAGUCGAUAAGGAGGUUGUACCCCCUGAUUAUACCGCCAUAGAGAAUCGUUUAUGCGUCGAUCCUAUUACAACUUGUCAUUGUCCUAAUUGCAUGGAAAAGUUACAAAAUACUAUUAAUUACGCUUUCAAAUUGUGCGGUUGGAUUGGGUUGUUUUUCAGCUUUACAGAGUUUAUGGGUGUACUACUAACAGUUCGUUAUCGUAAUCAGAAAGACCCACGAGCCAAUCCGAGCGCUUUUCUCUAGUGAAAUCUAACGGUUGAUAGGUUUGGUUUGGACGAGGCAUUAUCGUAAUCUGCAUGACCCGAACGAACUGAGAGCAACGGCGGUCUUUCCAAAGCACAACUUUACGUAUUGAAAUCUAGUCUCGUAUAAAUUUUUUUUUUAUGUUUUCCCGUAGCCAUAUAAACCAAAGAUUUUUUUUUACCCUCUAUUUUCUAUAUAAUGUGUAUUAUAUGCGUGUAAAUCUUUGUAGAUAUAUAGAAAAUAGUUUCUAGCAAUAUUUCGACGGUAUGCUGCAGUUUGUUUUUUGAUUCUGGUUGUGAUUCUUAAAAUUGGCCAUAUUGGUACCACUUUUUUGGUUGGUACCACUUUAUUUGUAUACGUGCAUACGUUUUAAUUAGUGAUAUCAACCAAUCCGCAUAUUUCGUCAGGUUUUUUAUGUUUUGGUGUACAAAAUGGUGUCCUACAAUCCAGUUACUGUUCCAACAGGAUUUUUGAUAUAUUCCGUCUUUCCUUCAUAUCUUCCUAGAGUUCUUUGGGCUCCUUAUCCAUCUGUAAAGGUGCAUAAAUGCCUCAAGUGUCGUAAAAGUCACGUCAUCUUGAACUUGAUGUGUUCUUGUAUGAUUUUCAACGUUUCCUAACUUCCUUCUUUGUCUUCUGUAGGUUCUUUAUGCUCCUGAGGAUCUGUUUUGGUCUAAAAUUGCUUUGGGUUUCUCUGGAUUCACACCUGUUUGAAUUUAUUCGACUUUAGCAGGAUUUUCGACGAAUCCUGAUUCAUUUUCAUUCUCUUCUUUGUGUUCUUUGGGUUCCUUUCAACACCUGAGGAUCUGUAUCGGUCUAAAAUUGCUUUGGGUUCCUCUGGAUUCGCACCUGUUUGAAUUUAUUCGACUUUGGCAGGAUUUUCGACGAAUCCUGAUUCAUUUUCAUUCUCUUCUUUGGGUUCCUUUUAACACCUGAGGAUCUGGAUCGGUCUAAAAUUGCUUUGGGCUCCUCUGGAUUCGCACCUGUUUGAAUUUAUUCGACUUUGACAGGAUUUUCGACGAAUCCUGUUUCAUUUUCAUUCUCUUCUUUGUGUUCUUUGUGUUCCUUUUAACACCUGAGGAUCUGUAUCGGUCUAAAAUUGCUUUGGGUUCCUCUGGAUUCGCACCUGUUUGAAUUUAUUCGACUUUGGCAGGAUUUUCGACGAAUCCUGAUUCAUUUUCAUUCUCUUCUUUGUGUUCCUUUUAACACCUGAGGAUCUGUAUCGGUCUAAAAUUGCUUUGGGUUCCUCUGGAUUCGCACCUGUUUGAAUUUAUUCGACUUUGGCAGGAUUUUCGACGAAUCCUGAUUCAUUUUCAUUCUCUUCUUUGUGUUCUUUGGGUUCCUUUUAACACCUGAGGAUCUGGAUCGGUCUAAAAUUGCUUUGGGCUCCUCUGGAUUCGCACCUGUUUGAAUUUAUUCGACUUUGGCAGGAUUUUCGACGAAUCCUGAUUCAUUUUCAUUCUCUUCUUUGUGUUCUUUGGGUUCCUUUGAACACCUGAGGAUCUGGAUCGGUCUAAAAUUGCUUUGGGUUCCUCUGGAUUCGCACCUGUUUGAAUUUAUUCGACUUUGGCAGGAUUUUCGACGAAUCCUGAUUCAUUUUCAUUCUCUUCUUUGUGUUCUUUGGGUUCCUUUGAACACCUGAGGAUCUGGAUCGGUCUAAAAUUGCUUUGGGUUCCUCUGGAUUCGCACCUGUUUGAAUUUAUUCGACUUUGGCAGGAUUUUCGACGAAUCCUGAUUCAUUUUCAUUCUCUUCUUUGUGUUCUUUGGGUUCCUUUGAACACCUGAGGAUCUGGAUCGGUCUAAAAUUGCUUUGGGUUCCUCUGGAUUCGCACCUGUUUGAAUUUAUUCGACUUUGGCAGGAUUUUCGACGAAUCCUGAUUCAUUUUCAUUCUCUUCUUUGUGUUCUUUGGGUUCCUUUCAACACCUGAGGAUCUGGAUCGGUCUAAAAUUGCUUUGGGCUCCUCUGGAUUCGCACCUGUUUGAAUUUAUUCGACUUUGGCAGGAUUUUCGACGAAUCCUGAUUCAUUUUCAUUCUCUUCUUUGUGUUCUUUGGGUUCCUUUUAACACCUGAGGAUCUGGAUCGGUCUAAAAUUGCUUUGGGCUCCUCUGGAUUCGCACCUGUUUGAAUUUAUUCGACUUUGACAGGAUUUUCGACGAAUCCUGUUUCAUUUUCAUUCUCUUCUUUGUGUUCUUUGUGUUCCUUUUAACACCUGAGGAUCUGUAUCGGUCUAAAAUUGCUUUGGGUUCCUCUGGAUUCGCACCUGUUUGAAUUUAUUCGACUUUGGCAGGAUUUUCGACGAAUCCUGAUUCAUUUUCAUUCUCUUCUUUGUGUUCUUUGGGUUCCUUUGAACACCUGAGGAUCUGGAUCGGUCUAAAAUUGCUUUGGGUUCCUCUGGAUUCGCACCUGUUUGAAUUUAUUCGACUUUGGCAGGAUUUUCGACGAAUCCUGAUUCAUUUUCAUUCUCUUCUUUGUGUUCUUUGGGUUCCUUUGAACACCUGAGGAUCUGGAUCGGUCUAAAAUUGCUUUGGGUUCCUCUGGAUUCGCACCUGUUUGAAUUUAUUCGACUUUAGCAGGAAUUUCGACGAAUCCUGAUUCUGUUUCCUUUUUUAUAGUCUUCAGGAUCCUUCCAACACCUGAGGGCCUAUAAACGUUUGUAGUUUUUUAGGUUCCUCUGAAUUUUUUCGUAGUUUUGAUGAAUUAGUUCAACUCCGGGGUUCUUCAGAGCCUUUAGGUACAUCUAAUUUUAACUUAACAUAUUUUGGAAAGGGAUUUUUAAGUUCUUCGAAGACAUUAAGAUAUUUCGAGCACUUUUUGACAAUUUAUACGAAUUUUUUAAAAUAUAAAGUGACUUGUAACAAAAUCUGGCGAAUAUAGUGGUCUAGAUGACAUCGGGAAAGUUUGUAGGUUAAUUUAUUGGUUCCUAAAAUCCCAGUGGACAAAUUUUUUUCUACUGCGACUGAUUUGGUGUUGAAUUUUUUUUAUUUCUUUAUUCUAUUUUAAGACAUUCCAGUGUGUGUUGUAAAUUCGAGUGAAUUUCGCCAUUUCUGUUUUUUUUUUUCAUAUAAAAAAAUAUCUUUCGACGCUUCUCUCUCUUUUUUUGCAAUUCUUCCUGCUUACCAAGUGAAAAUUGCGGUAAUUUCAAAAUAUAGUGAUGAAAUUGGAAAAAAAAAGACAGAAAUGGUUUUUUUUACAAUUUGUUAUGCCUCUUUUUCUGUUCUGUUUAAUUUUAGAAUAAAUAUUACGAUCA